AUUUCCUAAUGGCGACAGCACCAUUGAUAAUCUUCACCAUUUUUGCUCUUUUUGGAGUUUCCUCUUCAACGGCGGCAGCAGAAACUCCGUUUGUAGUGGCUCACAAGAAGGCUUCACUCCUCAAGCUCAAGUCCGGUACCGAACGGGUCUCCGUUUCCAUUGACGUCUAUAAUCAUGGAUCUCUUGCUAUAUAUGAUGUAAAUCUUACUGAUGAUAGCUGGUCCACAGAAAUAUUUGAUUUCGUGGCUGGAAACACGUCCAAUUCAUGGGAAAAACUUGAUGCUGGCUCUCAUGUUUCACACACUUUUGAGUUGGAAUCCAAAGUGCAAACAACUUACUACAGUGCACCUGCUGUGAUAACUUUUCGCAUCCCUACAAAAUCAAAACUACAGGUAGCAUAUUCCACCCCUGUUCCUGCACUAGAAACCUUAGCAGAAAAAACUGUUGCCUACAAAUUAGAUUUGGCAAAGAAGUUGCUUGCACAGUAUGGAUCCCAUUUUUCUUUAGGUCUCAUCGUCUAUUUGUUCGUGCGAAUUAUAUUUAGUCCAUCAGCUAAAUCAAGUGCUGGAAACGCAAAGAAAAGACACUGAUCGUUCAUCAGCUGU